ACUUUUUUCAGCUCAGGCUCCGCCAGUGUUAUUAAAGACUAGGAGAAAGGAAGUCGCGACAGGCUAGCUGGUUAGCUGGCCGCCUGCUAGUUUUUUUCGGUCCUUGUUUUUUUUUUUUUCUUCCCCUGCCGACCAUGUUUUGUUUUUUAAAUUGAAACGUCAAGAAAGGAGGAUGCGGAAAUUUCUUUUUCACGGACUGUUUCGAGUAUUUUUCACCCCCCUUCAACCGCUUGAAACUGCCUCAACACUGAGCUUUGUCUGACUGGCUGCCUCAGCAGCCUGCAGCUUGAAUCAACUCUCUCCUGUUUCCUAUCUGGAGGAGAAGAAAAAACAAAACAAAGGGGAGGAAGAAAAAAGAAAAAGAAAAAAGAAAGCAACGCCGUGUUUUAGUGAAUUUAGACCGACACAGGCGGUCGGUUCGCGGGCGGACGCUGCAGCGAGGAUCACACAAGGACAAUGAGACAAACACCGGGGAAAGGUGGUGCGUGGUGAGACCGAGGCGGUGGACGUGCGGCAUGCUGAGGCCACUCCCCCUGGCUCAGGAUGAGUGUCAGAGAUGGCGCCGUGGCAACAAACGCGGGCGGGGGAGGGGGCUGUAACGACCCCGACGACCGCACGUACCUGCUUCAGAUCUACCCGCGGCUCGCUGCCAAGUCCUCCACCUGCUGCAAGCUCAGAGUGCAGAAGAAUGUAACGACCGCCGCCGUGAUCUCGGAUGCUGCUGCGGCGCUGGGGCUGGACCCCAGCCGCCUCUACGUGCUGGCGGAGGUGAAGGAAAGCGGCGGCGAGGAGUGGAUCCUGGAGGCCGGAGACCUGCCCGUGCAGAGGGUCCUGCUUUGGCCCCGGAAAGCCCAGGAGGAGCACCCCCAGAGCUGCGGCUUCUACUUCCUGCUGCAGGAGAGGAACAACGACGGCUCCAUCCAUUAUGUCCACCUGCCGCCUCUGUCCAAGGAGCAGGAGGUGCAGCGGCUGGCAGCGAGGGGCUUCCUCCCCCCUCCCCAGGACGACUUUGCCGACCUCUGCAACCUCCCCGUCCUCAGCGAGGGCAGCAUACUGAACAAUCUGCGCACGCGCUUCUACAAGAAGAAGAUCUACACCUACGCGGGCAGCAUCCUCAUCGCCAUCAACCCCUUCAAGUUCCUGCCCAUCUACAACCCGAAAUACGUCAAGAUGUACGAGAACCACCAGCUGGGCAAGCUGGAGCCUCACAUUUUCGCCAUCGCCGACGUGGCCUACUACGCCAUGCUCAGGAAGAGGGUCAACCAGUGCAUCGUCAUCUCCGGGGAGAGCGGCUCGGGCAAGACCCAAAGCACCAACUUCCUGAUCCACUGCCUGACCGCGCUCAGCCAGAAGGGCUACGCCAGCGGGGUGGAGAGGACCAUCCUGGGGGCCGGACCCGUCCUGGAGGCCUUCGGUAACGCUAAGACGGCUCACAACAACAACUCCAGUCGCUUCGGUAAAUUCAUCCAGGUGAAUUAUCUGGAGAGCGGAGUAGUCCGAGGGGCUGUGGUGGAGAAGUACCUCCUGGAAAAGUCUCGCCUGGUCUCCAGAGAGAAGAACGAGAGGAACUACCACGUGUUUUACUACCUGCUGCUGGGCGCCUCGGACGAGGAAAGGACGGAGUUUAAACUGCUGCCGCCUGAAGAGUACUUCUACCUCAAGCAGGAAAACUUCAAGAUAGAAGAUGAGGAAGAUUUGGGUCAUGAUUUUGAGAGGCUGCAGCAGGCGAUGCAGAUGGUCGGCUUCCUUGCGGCCACAAAGAAACAGAUCUUCACCGUGCUCUCCGCCAUCCUGUACCUCGGCAACGUGACGUACAGAAAGAAGGCGUCGGGCCGGGACGAAGGGUUGGACGUCGGCCCACCUGAAGUCCUGGCUACCCUGUCUGACCUGCUGAAGGUCAAAGAGGAGCUGCUGGUCGAGGCGUUGACCAAGAGGAAAACGGUGACGGUCAACGACAAGCUGAUCCUCCCCUACAGCCACUCUGAGGCGAUCACAGCCAGAGACUCCAUGGCCAAGUCUCUGUACGGCGCCUUGUUUGACUGGAUAGUGCUGCGCAUCAACCACGCGCUGCUCAACAAGAAAGACAUGGAGGAAUCUGUGCCCUUCUUGUCCAUUGGGGUCCUGGACAUCUUUGGCUUCGAGGACUUUCAGACCAACAGCUUUGAGCAGUUCUGCAUCAACUACGCCAACGAGCAGCUGCAGUAUUACUUUAACAAUCACAUUUUUAACCUGGAGCAGGAUGAGUACAACUCAGAGGGCAUCACCUGGCACAACAUCGACUACACAGACAACGUGGGCUGCAUCCAUCUCAUCAGCAAGAAGCCCACAGGCCUGCUGUACCUCCUGGACGAGGAGAGCAACUUUCCACACGCCACAGAUAAGACCUUGUUGGCCAAAUUCAAGCAGCAGCACCAUGGGAACAAGUACUUCAUACCCACGCCGGUCAUGGAACCCGCCUUCGUCAUUCAGCACUUCGCAGGGAAGGUCAAAUAUCACAUCAAGGACUUCCGGGAGAAGAACACGGACCACAUGCGUCCAGACAUCGUGGCGCUGUUGCGGAGCAGCGACCGAGCUUUCGUGCGGCAGCUCAUCGGCAUGGACCCGGUGGCCAUGUUUCGGUGGGGCAUCCUGAGGGCCACCAUCAGGGGCCUCGCUGCUUUCAACGAGGCGGGUCGCUCCUGGGCUGCCAAGACAGCAGGUGUUGUCCGUCCAGCGUCCAGAACGCCUCUAGGAGAGCUCCAGCGCUCCAACGCCCCGAUAGAAAGAAUGUACAAACGAGCCUCUAUGCUCGAUUUCUACUUUGAUCACUCAGAGGAGCGCCCUCUAGAGGCCUUCGAAGACAUCUUUGCUAGCUUUGAGAACAAGAAAGAAAUGCAUUCAGAGAUCAUCAGCUCCAUAAAGAACUUGCAGCUGGACGGAGAGGACCCUCGCAAGCUGUUGCAAUCCUGGGGUCGCCUCCGCUUCCCACGUCACGUCCUCCAGAAAACCAAGAGUGUUAAGCAGAAGCAGGUCAUCCCCAAGAAUUUGCUGGAUUCGCACUCUCUGAAGUUCAUCGUGAGUCUGACGCUGCACGAUCGCACUACGAAGUCUCUGCUCCACCUGCACAAGAAGAAGAAGCCGCCCAGCAUCAGCGCUCAGUUCCAGAACUCUCUGAACAAACUCUUAGAAACUCUGAACAAAGCCGAGCCUUUCUUCAUCCGCUGCAUCCGCUCCAAUGCUGAGAAGAAGGAGAUGUGCCUGGACGAGGCGCUGGUGCUUCAGCAGCUGCAUUACACAGGGAUGCUGGAAACUGUUCGCAUCCGAAGGUCCGGCUACCCGGCCAAGUAUACGUUCCAGGAGUUUAUCGAGCAUUUCAGGGUUCUGCUGCCGAAGAAGUUCUCCGCCUCCAAAGAAGCCAUCGCAGAGCUGCUGGGGAAGAAAAUGGGCUUCGACCCAACCACAUACCAGAUCGGCAAGACUAAGAUCUUCCUAAAGGAGCUGGAGCGACAGCAGCUGCAGGACACGCUGCACAAAGACGUGAUGCAGAAGAUCAUCUUCCUUCAGCGCUGGGCCAGAGCUCGCCUGCAGAGGAGCGAGUAUCUAAACAUGAGGAGUGCCGCCAUCUUGAUCCAGGCUUCGUGGCGUAGGUACUGCAGGGAGGAGCGGCGGCAAAGGGCAGCUACUGUGAUCCAAGCUGUGUGGAGAGGACACAGACAGAGAUCUGAGUACCACCGACAGAGACAGGGAGCAACAAAAAUACAAGCUCUGGUCAGAGGACACUCGGCACGCAGGAGGUGUCAGUCCAUCCGUGAGGUUAGAAAGAAAGAGGAGGAAGCCGAGGCCAGGAAGAGAGAAGAAGAAGAAGAAGAAAAGAGGAGGAGGGAAGAGGAGGAAGAGGCUCGGAGAAAAGCAGAAGAGGAAGAGAAACUGAGAAUAGAAGAAGAGGUGCAGAGAAAGGCAGAGGAGGAAGCAGCGGCGAGAAAAACCCAGGAAGAACGGGAAAAAAUGGAGGCCGAGGAGCAACGGCUGGCGGCGGAGCCUCAGACGAGAGAGGACCCAGAUAUUGAGUUGGUCACGGAAGAGAUGCUGGAUGAAAAUGCGCCGGAGGGGCAGCAGGGGAAGGAUGAGGAGGCGGAGGACUUGGAGCCUUUUGGUACAGAGGCUGAGGCUGGACCCCAGCUAAAUGAGGAGGAGGAGGAGGAGGAACCUGGUCUGCCCUCAGGUGAGGCCCCCCCAAAUGCACUUACAGCCAAAUCCCCACCUCAGGAGGACAACAAGUCCGGCGUUGCCUCCGCAACAUCUCCACAUGCUGAACUAAAGAGGCCACAGUCUGGCCUCAAUAAAACCGUCCCCUCAACCAGGAACCUGGAGAAGAGGGAGCAGAGGAGACGAAGAGGCCUGGAGCACAGUCAGAGAGUGUCUGAGCGAGCCGCCUCGUCCGCCGCCUCCUCGUCAGCCGCCACACCCACGAGUCAAGACCCGGCCUCCCCGGCCAAGAGCCGAAACCAGGAGGCCUCCAAGCUGAAGGAGCGCUCGGACAGCAAGGAGCUGGACCAGUACACCUUCGUGGCCUGGAAGAUGAAGGAGGAGAAAGGGGGGAAGAAGGAGGGAAAAGCCUCUCCUCCCUCCUCCGGUCCGGCCCGUCCGUCCACGCUGCCCCUGCAGCCCGCCGACUCCUCCGCCCAGGACCGCAACGGCUUAGGGGAAGGCGGCGGGGCCGUGAAUCUGCAGCGCCGCGUCGGAGCCGUGAAGGAGAAGCCGGAGAAGUGGAAGGGAAGGAGGAGCUACGGGGAGAGCGCCGAGGUCCCCAGGUCUCCUCCACGUCACAACCCGGAGGAGAGUAAAAGGAAACCCCCGCUGAGAGAAGCGUCCCAGUCGUCCGUCGACAGCUUGUCUCCUGGUUCUGAAGGAGCCUGGGCGGUUUCUGUGAGAGACGCCUGGCCCGUGGCAGUAAGAGAGAUGACCGCGUCACAAGAAGGCCAAGGCGACGCCUCCAGAUCCAGCUCCUUCAGGAAGAGACACCAGGAGGGUGCCGGGCACCCCGAGUCAACGCAGCCCAACGCAACCACGCCAGACAGGUCGGGCGGCUUCUUCAGCAAGAUCUUGAAAAAAAGAAACAAAGAGGCCCAGACUCCCGACAACGGCGAGCUGAUGUUCCCUCAGGGUCUUAAUGACAGGUCAACGCUUGGGGAAGCACCUCCUUCUGGCCCCUCGGCGCGCCCCGCUGCUCAGCCGCACGGCGACCGAACGGGCAAAGGUUUAGGCAGGAACCCCACGAUCAAGAUCAGCCGUGCCACCCGGGUUUCGGAGCAAUGGGACGCCUCGCUGGAACGAGUCAUAACGAACGCCAACGAGCUGCGAAACCUCGACGAGUUUCUGGGCAACCAGGUGAACGAUUUCCGCUCCAGAGGCAAGUCGCUGUCGCCUACAGAGUCCAUCUUUGUCACCGCCACCAUGCAGUUCAGAGAGCAAAUCAAAUCUAUGUAUUCUCUCUCCAAUCCCACCAUCGGCUACAAAGCACUGAUGACCGGCUUCAAGAAGAAGGUGACCCUCCUGGCCACCGACAAGCAGCAGGAAGACGUUCAGCUGGUGGUCAACCUGUUCCAGUCGGUGCUGGACGGGUUCAUCAGAGGAGAGGUGAAGAAGGAGGAGGCCGAGCCCGUCAAGCCUCCCAAAGCCAGGAAGAAAAGGAGGAAAAAAGACAAAGCUAUGGAGUCGCUGCUGGACCACGGCUUCAUCAACUAUCAGGUCAGCAUCGUGCAGUCGUGCGACCAGUGCAGCUCUUACAUCUGGGGCAUGGAGAAAGCCUACAUGUGCAGCAACUGCAAAAUGGUAUGCCACAAGAAGUGCCUUAACAAAAUAUCCAUCAACUGCUCCAGCUUCUGUGCCAAAAAGAAUGACGAGGAGGUCUCCGGUCUUCACUUCGGCGUGAGCGUUUGCCACCUGGUGAGCGAUAAGAACCCCGUGCCGAUGGUGCUGGAGAUGUUGCUGGAGCACGUGGAGAUGCACGGCCUCUACACGGAGGGCAUCUACCGCAAGUCGGGCGCCGCCAACCGCAUGAGGGAGCUGCACCAGCGGCUGGAGACAGACCCUCACUUGGUCAACCUUGAGGAGUAUCCGAUCCACACGGUGACGGGCCUGGUGAAGCAGUGGCUGAGGGAGCUACCAGACCCACUCAUGACCUUCGCACAUUACAACGACUUCCUGCAUGCAGUGGAACUGCCAGAGAAGCAGGAGCAGCUUCAAGCCAUCUACAAAGUCCUGGAGGAACUUCCCACGGCGAGCUUCAACACAUUAGAGCGGCUCAUCUUCCACCUCGUCAGGGUCUCCAAGGAAGAGGCGCACAAUCGCAUGUCUCCCAACUCGCUGGCCAUAGUGUUCGCUCCGUGCAUCCUGCGUUGUCCCAACACAGCCGACCCGCUGCUCAGCAUGAAGGACGUCGGAAAGACGACGACGUGCGUGGAGAUGCUAAUCAUCGAGCAGAUCAGGCGCUACAACGAGAAGAUGGAGGAGAUCGAGCAGCUGGAGUACGCUGAGGCUCUGGCCGUCAACCAGCUGAAACUCAAGAGAAAGAACACACACUGCUGGCAUUUACCUCUCAGGUUCUCAGCUCCUUACAAAGGAGUGGUGAUGCGUGAGAAGGUCAGCCCCGAUCUCAGCGUGGUCCCCGAGAACGAGCCGCUGGACUCCGACACCGAGGCCGAGAACAACCUGGUGGAGCGCAUCAAGUCCAUCAAGCAGGAGAAAGAGGAGCUGGCGUUUCGGCUGCCGGAGAUGGAGCAGCCCGGUUCCGACCAGGAGAACCUGGACUCCGAAGCCUCUCUGAGCUCCGAGAGUCUCCUGGAGGAGCAGCAGCAGCGCUCGUGCGCGCACAGCUCCGAGCCAGAAGGACCCAGUGGCAUCCAGCUGAAAAGACACCGGCCAGUUUUCCCUGUUAAACCUCCAGAUCUGGCCCAGCGGCCCAAAGCCUCCGGCGGACGACCAUCUCCGGCGGACCCCGCCCACCCUCUGUCCGGCUGCGCCUCCACGCCGCCUGAGGCCUCCAGCGCCUCCCUCAGGCAUCUCCUGCAACGCCGCAACCCCAUCAUCCCCGACACCGUCAAACUGCCGCCGGGCGUCCUUCCCCAGCAACCGGCCACCGGCUCGUCUCAGACGUUCCCCCCUCCCGGAAACCGAGCGCUCGCCGACGCCGUCCGGAAGCGGGAGCAGCCCGGCCGUCGCAAAGACAGCACCCAGUCGCUGUACCUCGACAACCCAGAGUGCGGCCUGAUGCUGCAUUUCUCCUCCUGUCCUCCCUCCGCUUCCGCCUCUUCCUCCUCCAUCGCCUCGGCUGCGCUCCCGCAGAAGGACACGAAGGCCCCCAAGGGUCACAGACGCUUUUCUGACCCAGAUAUACCCUACGUGGACGACGACGUGUAACCAGGCCAGAGCCCGCGGUGCACGCAGAGAGGAAUCGCUGCAGAGGAAAAGGAUCUGUCCAUUCCACUAGCUGUGAGAGAAUGUUAUUGAGCGCGUCCGUUUGCUGCAGACGGAAGUGACUGUGAACUGUGGCUGUUACAGCGGAAGCUCAUUAAGGCGCUUAAAACAUGUCAAAAGUUUUAUGUUGUCCUGUUCGUCAGUAGAGAUAACUGGACAAGUUGUUGCCAAGCACCUUUUUCUAUCAUUUUUAAUAUACUGUGGUUACUGUUGGUUACUACGGUUUGACUACAGGCUGCAUCUUCUGUAGCAUCAUGUAGUUUAUUUUUAAUUAUUUGGAGAAAAAAAAAGAAAGAAAAACGCAGGUUCUAGUCACACUUUUCCAUUCUAUCCUAAUGCUCGUAAUUGCUAGCUAGUGCCUUGAUAUUAAUAACCCAUUUUUCACACCAUUAUACCUGAACAGUGCUAACGGGAGGGGGGGGGAGGGGUGUAUUUAGAAUAAACAGGGGACCUUUGUCUCAAUUUUGUGUGUGUAGUGUACUUAAGUGGAACAAAAGGUGUUCAGAACAAGGACCUAGCCACGCUUUUACCCGUCGCACAAAAACAACACCAGAUAGGAAGUCACCGCUUUCGGUUUGCAAAGGGAAACGGGAGCAGCACAAGCCACUUUUCUCCUGAUGGAAAAGAAACGACCGCGACGCCCUGCCACAGCAGCUUCUCCCAUUUCCCCUCAAGAGUCCCGGCGUCCUUUGACGGAGCGCGGCGUCCGCUCGGAUGUGGACUGUCCCGUCGGCGCUGAUCUGAAUGAAUACUAAUGUUUCUCUGUGACCGCUGAAUGAUGCAUGUUGGCUUGUCUGAUCUGUGACGGAAGACGUUUCCGACGUGUAACAGAGGUUAUGUUUGGGACUGAAUGUCAAGAGCUGUAAAGGUUAUUAGUAUUAACGUGAAAAUACAUGACAUGAUGCUUGUAGCAG